AUGGCAAGCGACAAUGGCCAGUCGGACGCUUCAGCGUCUCAAGUAGACGAGGACAAAGGAAGUGAUAGCGCGACACCGACCUCACCUCCUCCACCUCCCAUUCCUUCAGCAGACCCGAAAUUGGUAUUGCAAGCUCGAACGCCGCCGCCGCUCCAUACCGCCCCAAGUCCCUCCUCUCACGACCUUUUUAAAUUAUCCCCUAUUGCGGCUCUUAAACUGCUCAGUGCUAGUGUCGAAGCGCUUGUUCGCAUUACAGGCGAUAUACCUCCGACACCCCCUCCUACGAGCCCAACCAUUCCUAAUAUGCGCAGUAUGCAGCGGGAGAAGGCGGAAAUAGUUAGGAAUCUUUCAGAAAAAAGCCUGGUUCGACUGCGAGAACAAGCCGAAAUCCAAGCUCGGGCUCAAGCUCAGAUUCAGAAUCCCGGGCAGGUGACACCCAACCAGUCCAUCGAUGGUGUUCACCUUAAGAAGACAUCAGCCCCAGGGCUGCCAAGGAGUACCCCAGAGCCGUAUAUAAUCAUCGGCGCCAACUCGCAGCCGCUCAAUCUUCAACACAGCGCUAUUACGCGGAAAUUCUUUAGCAAACAGCCUCCGCCGAUCAGUAUCGAGGAUUAUCUGUUGCGGAUACAUCGAUUCUGUCCCAUGUCAACUGCUGUGUAUCUUGCGACGUCGUUUUAUAUUUUCCGGCUCGCUGUUGAGGAACGGGCUAUUGUUGUCACCCGGAGAAAUUGUCACCGCUUACUUCUGGCGGGUCUGAGAGUAGCAAUGAAAGCUCUUGAGGACUUAAGCUACCCGCACGCUAAGAUCGCUCGGGUUGGUGGAGUGAGUGAGAUCGAAUUAGCGAGGCUAGAAAUUAGUUUCUGCUUUUUAACCAGUUUCGAAUUGGUGAUAGGGGAGGAUACUUUGAAGAGCCAUUGGGAGACGUUGAAGCAAGGUCAUGGCCUUGUGGGCUUCGAACUCGCGCAGUCGGAAGAUGAUGCGAUACCGACUUUAAAACUGGAUGCGCCACCAAAAAAAGGGUGA